CACUCUCCAGCCCUCCUGGAGCAGCCCGACCCAGAGUGCGAGCCCCCCCUAGUGGCCCUGAUGACGUGGUGACCACUCUGACCGGGAGGGGUGGAAAAUGGUACCUGUCAACCCCGAGCCGGAGGAGCCCGCGGCCGCAGCCCCGACAUGGAGGAGCCCACGCCGGAGCCCGUGUACGUGGACGUGGACAAAGGGCUGACCCUGGCCUGCUUCGUCUUCCUCUGCCUCUUCCUCGUGGUGAUGAUCGUUCGCUGCGCCAGGGUCAUCAUGGACCCUUACAGCGCCAUCCCCACGUCCACCUGGGAGGAGCAGCACCUGGACGACUGAGGCGCCGGCACGGGGGCCUCCAUGUCCCCUGGCCACCGGCCAGCCCGCCCGCAGAGGCGGGAAUGGGUUUGGCCGUGUACGGAGGGUCCCCGGAGCCGCACCUGCUCCCUCUCCAGCCCCAGAGUGAGGUGCCGCGGGGGUCCGUGGUGGGCCAGCCUGGAGAGGGGAGCACUGGCCCCGGAGUCAGGAGGCCGGUCAGGGCUGGGGAGCCACUGUGGGACGAUGGGGGGUUCCUGUCGCCUCGCUCCUGUGCACCUUCUGGGACAGGGUCCAGGGCGGACCCCCGCCGUCACACAACAGCGCUCUCAUGGUGAGGGCACUGUCUGCCCUUAAAAUGCAAAACGGCACACGCACGAGCCGUGGCAGCUCCCGGCACAGAGCACAGACGACCCCCGAUCCCCAGCCCGAACCGCUGGGCAGCCGCCGAGCAGUGGCGAAGGCCGAGGCGGAUGGAAGGGGCCUCACCCCACCUUCUCGCGAGGCACAGACCUGCUUCCCAGCAGUAUUUUUUUAAACUAAAACAUAGAGGGGUCUAUUUUUCCUGUCAUAAAUGAAAUGUGCAUUUUGGGAAUUUGGGAACACAGAAAAAUAGAAGGAAAGGGGGAAAAUAACACUUACGAUCCCACCUCCCCAAAGCCGCCAGUUUGAUAUAUCUCUCCCAGGCUUUUUUUACACAUAUCUUUUUAAUUGGUCACGUUCAUGCCGUACGCACGAUGUCGCACCCCUUGGUAGCAGAACAUGGACACUUUCUUGUCCCGUCACAACCAUCGUCUGAGCGAGGUCACGGCUCCGCCUCCGGCCGCACGGCUGACUUCCCUGCACACGAGGUUAUUCCAUGCCGUAUAGUCUCUCAGAUGUGCACACGCUGCAGGGGGACCACUGGACCAGGAGCCCUGGGUCUCGUCCUCCGUCACCCAAAGACUGUGUGGCCGUGAGCAAGUCCCGCCCCCUCUGCGUGCCUCAGUCCCCUCGUGUCACAAUGAGGAGGAAGAGCCUUGCCUUCUUUGUUUUGUGCGAGUCUCCUGUGGCUGAAAGGACAGGAGGGGGCUGGUGGGGGGCAGGGACAGGUUGCUGAUAGUGACUGUUCUUGGGGUCUCCUCCUCUCCUGUCACCUCCCUCGGCGACCUUGCAGCAAGAACAUGGGGCCCACUGCGCUGGUCCCAAGUCCCAGCUCCUUUACCUUCUGCUCUAUCACCCCAGGUAAUAGCCUCUCUGAGCCCCAGUUCCCUCAUGUGUAGCGUGAGGGAACGUCUACCUUACAAGGUUGUUGUGAGGAUGGAAUGAAGGAACGUGGGCCGACAGCUGUGUCCUUCCUUGACUCCACCCCCCAGGAGAAGCCAGGGAUCUGAGCCGGGAGGGGCACAGGUUCCAGGAUCCCCCUCCCAGCAGAGCCUGGAACCCCGGACUUUCCUCAACCUCCCAGGGCCACUUCCUGGGCCAAAUCUCCCAGCCAGGACCCCUGGUCAGAGGGACACUCACAGCAACCUCUCCCAGAACCUGAUCUCAAGGGAUAUGGUGUCUAUUCAUCUAUAUCAUUGUCAUUGUCAUCUGUGGAACCACACACAGUGUGAAGUUACCCUAGAGCCCCCUCCCUCUGAGGCAUGGCCGACCAUCCCCAUCAGGAGAAGAAGGGCAAGGCUCCCUUCCCGUCGCCUGCAUCCCAGCCCUGGGUCCCACUCCAACCCAGGCACCCGGGCAGUGGCUUUCCAAAGCACCGUCACCACUAGGUGACCCCUGAAAGUGAACAAGGUCUCAGGUGUUUAGGCACAUCGCAGGGCUUGUCCAGCUUCCCCCCCACACACACACACAUGCACACGUGCUGUGUGGGAUGCACAAAGACGCAGCUGGCAAGGGCAGUGAACCGUGAUGCACGGAGACUCUGGAUGAAGGAAGGAUCUAGAGCAAGGGCCUUGUGCCUCAGGCCCAGCAGUAGCCUCGGCUCUGCAGCCUACCUCAGAGACAGCCAGCACUUCUGUGAAAACCCAUCAGUGUGGAUUUACGACGGAAAUCAGAAGGAGCUCCCAGUCAGCUCCCAAGAAUGGAGGAGCUCCGGAAGCCCUCACCUGGAGAUACUCUGGAAUCCUCAGGAGGGAAAGACUGGUGCCCUAGGGUCACCUCUGCAAUGGUUUGGAGCUCGCUGGAAAUCCAGGAUCCUGAGCCCAGUCCAGACCUUCAGGCUCUGUGUCUCUGGGGAUGGCGCCCAGGAAUCUGCUGGCGAGAGCCACCAAGCGGCUGGUGAGCGCACUGAAGUUUGAGGAGCGCGGCCCUAGGGACCCCGUGCUCCCACUUCAUUCCUUUUCCACACUUAGAUUUGCUGAUGUUUCCCACCCUAUCUCUGGACUGGUUUUUUUGUUUAUUUGGGUGGUUUUUGUUUUUGGGUUUUUUUUGGUGGCAUGGGGAAAUAACAUUUCAGAAAAGAUCAAAAAUAAAAAAAUCACGCCCCAUCCAAGCCUCCAGCAAAACAGUGAUUUUCAUUGUGUACCCAUACACUCCUUCCUAAUCCUUGUCCAAAUGCAAGAUAUAUUUUUCUAUAAAUGUCAUCAGUUACAUAAUUGAAAAUCACGCUCCCUCCUAACAUCAUCUCAUGAGUGUAUUUCUGCUACCAUCUUCCUAUUUAUCAUUUGA